AUGAAAGAAAUUUAUAGGAUAACUUUCGAAGGAUAUCUCAAGGCAGUUAAUAAUUACUAUGAUGAUUGUAAAAUAUUCAAAAGUUUCCCAGACCCACCAAUAAUGACUGUUUUCUAUAUAAGUUUUUUUAUUUUUUUUUUUUUUUAUUUUAUUUUUUUUUUUUUUUAUUUUAUUUUUUUUUUUUUUUUUGCGCCAAAACUUUUUUUUUUUUUCCCCAACAAAACUUUUUUUUUUUUUUUUUUUUUUUUUUUUUAUUUUCAUUUUCCCAAAAUGAAACAAGAUAAAAUAAAUGAAAUUAUAAAUUAUUUAAAAUUUAUUGAAGAUAAUAAUUUUGAAAAUACUAAACAUAAAAAUUAUAAAUUUUUACAUGAUGAAAACAGAAAAGAAAAAUUAUUUAGAAUUGAAAAAAAAGUCAUGAAUUGUGGCGGAGAUAGAAAUAUAUCAAAAGAAGUGUGUUUAGAAGUAAUUAAUGAUUAUAGAAUGGUAUCACUCUGGGAAGAAAUGCAUAAAGGUCAUAUAGGAAGAGAUGCAACCUAUGGGAACUACAAGACUAAAUAUUAUAAUAUGGGAUUGUAUUCUUUUGUAUCUGAUGCAGUAGAUACGUGUGACAUUUGCCAACGAAAUAGAAUAAAAGGUAUAACAAAGGAUUUUGCUCCAAUUGUAGAUACCGAGGAAUACUCAAGAUUGGUUUAUGAUUUAACAUCAAUUAAAGGUGAACAUAAAGAAAAAGUUACAUACGAUGAUGAUAAUGAAAAGAUACUAACUAAACUAGAUGAUCUUAUCCAAUAUGACUCUGUACAACCGUACGACACCGAUGUUGUUUACAUUAUUCUAUGCAUAGAUUCUUUUACAAAAUUUGCUACUGGAAGAUGUUUGACAACAAAGAGAACAGUUCCCAUAUACAAUUUUUUGGCUCUCACGUACUUUGGCAAACCUGUGAAAGUAUGGCACUGCGAUAAUGGACGUGAAUUUAAAAACAAAGUCCAAAAAGAAUUCCUAAAACUUUUUCCAGGCUCCAAGUCAGCACAUGGAGCUCCUCGUACACCAACAACUCAAGGUAUGGUAGAAAGAUUGAAUCGAACUAUCAAGGAGAGGAUCUCAAAAUUAAAACAACAAGAUUUUCUUGAUGGUACUUCUAGGUCUCUUUCUGAACUAUUAAAACAAGCUUUGUAUGAUUACAAUAAUACAAAAACAAGAACAAUUAAAAUGACACCAUCUCAAGCUGUUGGUAUUGUUCCUUUGUUUAUUAAUGUUCAAUCAGAACAAGACUCUCAAUCAAUUGGUGUUUCAGAUGUUUCAAAAGAAGAAAGAACAGCUAUUAUUCUUGAAAAUCUCACAAGUUACCAAAAUCAAUGGAAUUCAAAACCACCAAAGGGAUUGAAAGUUGGUGAUACUGUACUCUUUCUAGAAAUUAAAAAAAAUAAUAAAAUAUUGAUUUUGUGUAAAAUUCAUAAGGUAAUACAGGAAGACACUAAACAACUUUAUAAACUUGAAUUUUUGGAAGAUGGAAUCAAUAGCCUUCAAAAAAAAGGUUUAUACUCUGGUUUUGUAGGAGGUAACAAGUUGGUUCUUUAUAAACAAUCAACAGUUGAUAUUUUUAGAACAUCGCCAAACAUACAAAAAGAUAUUGAUUCUUUUACUUCUGGUCUUUAUUUAAAUAAUGAUGGGAAAGUUAUUGAAUUUCUGGUUCAGUUUAUUAAAAAUCUUGGUAAGGAUUUAUCCAAUUUCAACUUGCAUCAAUUGGUAACACAAAAUGAUCCAUUUAGGGUUUUGGAAGAUGCUCUUAACAAUCCAUCAAAUAUUCCACCUAUCAUUAACGAUAAUCCAUUUCAACACAAACUCAAUAAUGAAAUGGAACAAGAAGAAAUACUCCCAUUUUUAAAUAAUAAUCCAACAGCGCCAAAUUUAAUGAAUUGUUUGAGAAAGGAUAUGAAUUUAAAAGAAAUAGUACCACCAAUACCUCAAGUGCAAAUAAUACCAUCGUAUACUAUACCACAAUCUGGUAGUGGUAUAGUAACAACUGUUAAACGUCUCAGAGGCCGUCCUCAUAAGAUACCAAUUGUUAAUAAACCUCCUUUAAAAUCACAUUCUAAACCAUCCAAAUCACCUCUCAAAUCACCAUCCAUUUCACCUUCCAAUUCACCAUUUAAAUCACCAUUUAAAUCACCUUCCAAAUCACCAUUUAAAUCACCUUCCAAAUCACCAUCCAUUUCACCUUCCAAUUCACCAUUUAAAUCACCUUCCAAUUCACCUUUUAAAUCACCAUUUAAAUCACCUUCCAAAUCACCAUCAAUAGGAAAAAUCGUUAAUGUGAUACCUUCAAAAAAAGUUGCAAAAACAAAGUUAACAAGGACACAAAAAUUAGAACUUGAUUUGGUUGCAAUUAAUAGAAGGGGGUAUGGGGAAAUUAGAAAAUAA